AGUUGACAUGAAGUAAACAGUCUUCGCUUUUCACAUCUUAACCUCAGUCUGUGGGUGUGGACCACACUGCGGACCGCUGCAGCGACACUUCACACAGACUGGGAGUGUCAGCGACUGGAUUUCCAAAAAAAAAAAAAAAAAAAAAAUCUGUUGUGAGGAAAGAGCGACAGUCCUGGUUGUAAAAUUAUCCGAGCCUAUUGCUGUUAUUAUUUUUCUUCUUAAAUCCUCAAGUCACAUAAUUAGAACUUAUGCGACUUUUCAAAUCGGCCACACCAUGGUGCAUAAAUACGACACAGCAAGGGCAGUGAGGCUGCUCAAGCAGUACCAGGCCAACCUGACCAGUCCAGAGGAACAGGCCUUGAAGAACAGCGUGGGCAAAGUAUCUUCCAUCUUGGGCAGCCAGCUGUUUCAAGCCCUUCUUGAUAUUCAAGAGUGUUACGAGGUGACCUUGCAACUGAACACGGAACAAACUGUUGUGAAAGAAGACAACAGGCGAGAUGCGUGGGAGCCAACAGUAGAUGUCAUUACCUGCGUCCCUCGCACUCCUACGUGGAUAACAUAUCACCAUGAGUCAUGGUAGCUAUGACUUCAACCUGGUGACUGAGUGUCAGACAG